AUGGCGAUCAUGCCGUUGAUAACUUCCAUUCACUCGCUCCGAACACAGAACCCCGAAGACGUGGCGGUGGACUUAGCACCCUACGUAUCCCAACUCUCUCAAAAAGCCAUAUCAGAAACGGGUGCUUUCUGCGUUGUUCUCUCCGGCGGAACCCUAAUACAUACACUUAGGAAGCUGACUCAGUCUCCACACAAGGAACUUGUGAAUUGGGCGAGAUGGUUUAUAUUUUGGGUGGAUGAGAGGGUGGUUCCUCUGGAUAAUCCGGACAGUAACUACUUUCUUGCACGGAAUGAUUUUCUUUCCAAGGUGCCAAUUCCCAGUAAAAAUAUCCAUCACAUCUAUUACUCGCCCUGUUCGGAAGCUGUGGCCAUAGAUUACCAAUACCAGCUGAGCAACCGGGUGCAGCAGAAGGUUGUCCCAUUAUCGGCCACCGGCUUCCCCCAGUUCGACCUCAUGCUGCUGGGAAUCGGCCCCGACGGCCACGUCGCCUCUCUUUUCCCUAACCGCACGGAGCGCUACAACAGAACUGAUUGGGUCACAUACAUUAACGACUCCCCAAAGCCACCGCCGAAGAGAAUCACCUUCACUUUUCCGGUGAUCAACUCCGCGAAGCACAUCGCAAUGGUGGUGACGGGCAAGGAGGAAGCUAACGCCGUCGCUAUUACUCUGGAGAAGCUCCAGGUUAGGCCGCCGCUGCCUUGCUCUUGGGUGGAGCCGCAGGUGUCCUUAACCUGGUUCUUGGACAGGGAUGCUGCCUCCAAGCUUCCUCCUAAUUUUAAUAAAAAAUAGAUAGCUUAUGUUAUAUGUUGUCGUAAUAUGAGGGAUAAUCAUGAUCCUAGAUUAGUGUCCCAAUAAAGGAUCAUGAGUGUUGGUCGUUUUGCUGGUUUGUAACUCUUGUAUGCAUGCGAUAUUGGUUUGCUUGAAUCCACUGUAAAAUUGGGCAUGUAUUCGAUAAUAACCAUGUAAAAUGUGCAAGAAAUAUUUACGAGUCAAAAUA